UUUUUUUUUUUUUAAAGAGGAAAGAGAAUUCUGUGUAAUAGCUGAAUCUGUCUCUCCUGAACCCAACUCCUUUGGCUUAGCAUCUUGUGCAACGACUGUAUGUAAAGAUUAAGCUCAUGAACUGCUUCUAGACUUCUCGUCUACGUAGCCUCCACGUUAAGCUGAGCCGGUUCGUUCGCAUAAACUCCAUUCAUCAACAGGCCAGACUCACACUCUCACAGAGACACCAGGCGGAUGAGGGACGUAAAGACUCUUCAAGUUUCCUUUAGCAGGUGGUUGCUUAGCCCCAAAGGCUUGGUUAGUAGAGUUCAUCAGCCAUUCCUCUUGGGAACUCUUGGCUGCAGCUUCACGCCUUUACUUGCCAGAAAUGGGGUUGACAACGUGCUACCGUCCCCCUGUGCACCUUUCCUGGCCACAAGUGGUCCGGGUUAGGCAAGAGAACCUUUAGGUUAGGCACUUCAUGCCGAAGUUUUGUGCAAGUUCAAGUUCCAACAAGAGCACACAACAGCUUCAUCUUAUGCUUCACCAAUGAUCCAGGUACAGAGAACAAGGUCCAACAACUAAUGGUUCCUGUUAUUUAGCAAUGGUUGGCCAUUGAAGAACUGAUAUACAGUAGGAAGGAAGACCAAAUAUAUUCCUCCGUUGCACAAAACUUCAAUAGGCCACCAGAAAUUGCCGGUGAACCAGCAAUGCACUAUGGCGACUCCUUUUCAGCUCAAGUUAGAUAUGCAAUCAAGAACAGGAUACACAGUGUACCUUUUCUUGAGAUUCACACCUCAGAAGUCAAGAAUUCUGAGAUUCAGCAGCUUCAGUCACAGCAUGACUGAUUGCAUGAAAGGGACCUUCAUAUGAAGGAAAACAUGUCAACAACAACAAAUGGGCAUAAUGCAAACAGCGGCCAAAAUAAAUAAAAAUCUCAGCAUAAGGAGCACACAAUGAGAACAUGUAAAGAUAUAUAAAAUUGUAAGCGCAACAGAAAAAAAAAAUCACUGCACGUCUGCCAGUCAUGCUCAAGGGACCAAUACUAGAAAGGGACGAACCCUCAUAAAGCUUAGAAUAAUAUAAGCAGAAAGAUGGGCAUCAACAAUUUGACACUAACAAGAUGUGAAGCUUCCCGUAUACUGUUCACUAUGCCAUCCCUCUCAUGCUUGAUUUGGCAGUUUUCCUUGUAUAGGUUACAUCUUGAUCAGCCAUACUUCUGCCAAUUAUGCAUUAACGUGCAAGAAAGACCUGGUUGCCUAUAUCCACAUCCUUCAUCCAAACUUUUUCUCCCUGCUGACCGCCCAACACGUGUCAGCUCGCAUCUUAAUCCACAUGUUAGCUUCUUCUCAUUGUGUACGCAAUGCUUUCACCAAUCCAGACAUUGCAAAAUUUCCUGACAGAUUGUUAAUUGCUGAACAAAAUAUAUUCAUACAAUGAUGCAAUGAGAUUCAACAAUAGCCAUGGAUAAAACUCAAGACAGAAAAAUAAAAGCAUAAUUAAUGGUCGCUUCGGAUUAUGAUUGCUAGUAGAAUACAGGUGCAUGUACCCAGAGGCCAAGUACUUUUCCAGGUACAUGGAUAACACAACGCAAAUUCUUCCGGAAGCGCAAACUAAUAUCCUACCUUCUAGUCAAAUAUUAACUUGGCGCUACGCUUGCAUGGUCCUCACAGACAUAGUCACUACUCAAUUCACCCACCUGCAGGAAAGAUCAUUGGAAAAUGGUACACUGGACCCUAGAUUUGUACUAAGUUCAGGUAACACAUAUAAUAGUUUGAGCUAAAGGAAACGAAAAAGUGGUGCAUUCCAUAAUCUGCAUUAGAAUGUACAUCAGAAACGCCCACGAAGAAAACCGCAUAAAAAUGGACAUUGCUUGAGCAAAAACUUCUGAGAACUAUCACCAAUGAUGAUGCUUCAGGAAAGUUGGAGAAAGUCUAUUCAACCAGACCAGGCUUUCAGGAAUCACUUUAUGUGGAGAGAGGGCCUGCAGUGAUUCCAUUGUAAAGAAACUCUUGAACCACCACACCUACUGCAUCCUCCUCCUUGCUUCUUAGCUUAGCUUACCAUCUUCUCUAAACAACCGUCCUCUGCCGCCAAUAUAAGUACUCACCUGCUGGCCACACAAGAUGCUAGAAGCCAGGUAGACACUGAAACAGGAGUUUGGGCAGAGUAAUAGGGCCACUUCUCUUAGGUCUGUGAGCAGUCAAGCGAAAUGGACAACAGCAUGCCUGUAGUCAGUAAGAUGUAUUGCUCAAGUACUCCUGCAGCGCUGAUGAUCAGGAGAAGACCCAUGGUAGUGAACGGCGGUGGUUUUGUUGUUACUGACUUUAGUCAUACUGUUGUUUUCAUUGUGGAUGGUUGUGGUAUACUUGGAUCUAAGGGAGAGCUCAUGGUGAAAGACAGUGAUGGAGAACAGAUACUAUUCAUUUCUAGAAAGGGAGGAAUCGUACAGGUUCUAAGCACGCGGAACAAAUGGAAUGGGUACUCAAUGGAUUACCAAGGGAAAAACAAGUUGGUCUUUAGCCUAACUGAUCCCAAAUCAUGCAUAGCAAAAGGUGCACCGGUUAGAAUUCACAUUGAACCAAAGAGGCACUGCAAUAAUUGGGAUUUCGAGGUCUGUGGAUCUUUUGCAGAUAGGAACUGCACAAUAAUUGAUUGCACUGGAAAAAUAGUGGCGCAGAUGGGGAAGAAAGAGCUGAUAGAAAGUAAUGACUUCUACCACGUGACAGUGCAGUCAGGAUGUGACCAGGCUUUUAUCAUUGGGGUGAUGGCAGUUCUUGACAACAUCCAUGGAGAAUCCACCAGAUGUUAAUAAAAUGAAUGGGUGAAUUUGCUCACUUACAACACCUACUUUAUUCUUGAAGUAGAGGUCAAAUGAAUGUAUGUCCACUGACAAGUGACAACAUCCCACUGUACAGGGGCGUACCCACGUUGUGCUACCCGGGUGCACAGGACACCGGGUGCAAACUGUUUUCUUUGUAAGUUUGAUGCAAAAUAUAGUGCGUGACACCCCAUCUUUAAAUGAAAUUUAUGAGUGAUCAUAUGCUAGGACA